GUGCUUUGAUGCUUUCUAUGGGCAAAAGCCCAGUUAAUCUACGGGUGCCAAAGUUGAGCAUAUAGACGACGCAAACAGAUGUUGAGUUGGCGAAAAUAUUUAGCUCAUUGAAAAACUAAUUGAAAGGUCAAUUAACCACAGCUAAGGAUAAUAAAAAAUUUAGAAAAAUUGUAAUUUGUGUUUAAGAAUGCGCGGCGUUCUGUUUUGCGCACUCCUGACGCUUGGCGCAAUGUGCGCCACUGGCAACCACCUGCCAGAACCGCUCGCCUUGAACGAGCGCUUCUUUGACGAGGUCAGGGCGCUUAUCAAGCGUCGCAUGGUGCUGAAGCAGCUGCCUACGUCCAGUGAUGACUUGGCGCUACAGAAUCAGCGCAGCUAUGAUAACGUGCCCAUUCCAGCAGCAAGUGUGCCCACGCCAGUGCUCGUGGAGAACUGGCCCACCGAGAGCCACACAUUUGGGCAGGUCACGGCCGUCUCGAUAGAUCCCCAGGGCAAUCCAGUAAUUUUCCAUCGGGCCGACCGCUACUGGGACGUAAACACCUUUAAUGAGAGCAACAUCUACUACCUCAUCGAGUACGGCCCAAUUAAGGAGAAGACAAUUUAUGUGCUGGAUCCAAAAACAGGUGCCAUCAAAUCGGGCUGGGGUUCCAAUAUGUUUUAUAUGCCCCAUGGCAUGACGAUUGAUACUCACGGCAACUAUUGGAUAACUGAUGUAGCCAUGCACCAAGCAUUUAAAUUCAAGCCCCUGGAGAGCAAGCCACAGCUAACAAUUGGUAAACGCUUUCGUCCCGGCUCCUCUGUCAAGCAUCUGUGCAAGCCCACGUCUAUCGCGGUGGCCACAACCGGAGAGUUCUUCGUUGCCGACGGUUACUGCAAUAGUCGCAUUUUGAAAUUCAAUGCCGCGGGAAAACUCCUACGUACCAUUCCACAGCCACCCGAAUUUCUUUCGCUGCAAGUGCCCCACGCCAUCACACUCUUGGAACACCUGGAUGUUUUGUGCAUUGCUGAUCGGGAGAACAUGCGAGUUGUCUGUCCCAAAGCUGGUUUGAAGUCCUCACAUGGUGAAGGGCAGCCCGCGGCGACGAUUCAGGAACCAGAUUUGGGUCGCGUGUUUGGUGUUAGCGGUUACGGCGAUAUUGUAUAUGCCGUUAAUGGGCCCACAUCCAUGCUACCUGUGCGUGGCUUUACCAUUGAUCCCCGCUCAGAGACCAUUAUCGGACAUUGGGGUGAAUUCAAGAAUCCGCACUCCAUUGCGGUAAGUGUCAAUGGAUCCGCUUUGUAUGUCACCGAAACUGGCACUAAUCAUCUGACGAAUCGCGUAUGGAAAUAUGUAUUGGCCUAAAUGACCGAGCGGCAUUAAAAGCGCUUAGUUAGAGAAAUGGUGGUUAUUAAUCCAUAUAUUCAUAUGUAGCAGACCAUUCCGAAAUAGUAUCGCAUAUCCUUAAAAUAGUUUAUAUUCAACAGAAGCGAACGCAGUAGACAGGAAAUUGCAAUUUUUAUGGUUAAAAACAAUAGAAAGUAAUGUACAAUAUAAGUUGUAAAUUGCUUGACAAACAAAUACCACAACAAACAUAACCUCAACUUUUAUGUUUUGCACUGUAAUGAGCAAAAAGGAAUUACAAAGCAGCUAAAAAUAAUUAUAAAUAAAUAGGUACAUAUGUUCGUGUGUGUGUGAG